AUGGCUUGGAAUAUGAUUUCGGAGUCGUCGAAGAGCACGCUGAAGCAGUGCGGCGAUGCCGUAAACGGUGUCACGGAGGAGAGGAAGCUGUUGGAAGGGGCGCGCACGAAGCUCGACGAGAUGAGCGGGAAAAUCAUCGAGGGGAUGGCAGCCGCUAUCAUAAAAGCGAGCGAGGACGCCGUCGAGAAGCAGCUCAAGCUUGUCGAGGAGUGGCUGGCUGCUUCGGUCGUGAAGGGUAUUGAGAAAGCUAUCAAGGAGGACGUGUUCUACUCCACCCUCCCGCGCGAGAGCAUGAAGGAGCUGAAGGACGUUGUGAGAGAAGGCUACCAAGAAGCUGAAGCUGGCAGAUUGGAAGUCCUCACCGAAGCGAUGGCGAGAGGGUUUCGGGGCUCGGCGGGCCCGUCGACGAGGUCGCGUCAGAAGGAGGGGGUGGCUGGUGUUCGCAGCGGGGUUGAGCGUCGAGUUCAUGAGCGCUCGGUUCCUCCUUCUUCUUCGGUGGGAGGACAUGUCGGCAGACCGGUAGCAUCCCCACUGUCGCGUGCCCGUCAGACCAUCUGCAACUCUGUCGAGGACAAGGAGGGCCUCGGGAAAGCAGGUUGGAACAGAGUGGUUGCGGGGGAGAAAAGUGGUGCCCCAAUCGAAUCUGUCGCCUCAGCCGGGAAAGGAGCCGUGGAAAAGCGAGGUGCCCCUACCUCGUCCGGCGGCGCUGCGGGGAAAGGAGCGGGGGAGAAACAGGGUGCUCCCAGCCAGGUCGUCGACGCUGCUGGGUUGCUGUCGAAGACAAAGGCCUACUCAGCUGCACAGCUCGGUAUUGUUGGCCAUCCUGUCGAGCCUGUGGGAAAGAGGCCAUCGUCCGUGCUAGGCGACGUCUGCCUUAGCGAACCGGGUUCCCCUCCUCCUGGUCCGAGGCCAAGGUCCCCAUCUGCGUCGAAGAAAAGGCAGGCUGUGACGAAUUCGACGAAGCGCGAUGCAGAGGCGACAGAUAGCAGUGACGUCGAGAAGGCGUCUACCGUCAUUGCUGCUCGACACGAAAAGUCGAAGAAGCCCAAGGUGAUUGGCUAUGCCCCACCUCCUCCGCCGGACGACCAAGGCAAGACAAGAGGCUGCAAAGCUCCCUUCUAA